AUGGGGCUCCUUCAACAGUUCGGAAUCCGCCGACCAGAUGAAUGGGAGCCACCCACCCUUCUCGACCACUUCUUGAGCUCUCCGCUCCACUGCCUCAUCGCCCAUAUCUACCAUAUCCUCAUCUUUCUACGUGGCAGGCCCUUUCGACCGCCAAAGGACAAGCGCUCGAUCAGGAUCGUCUGCCUGUCAGAUACGCACGAUCUUAUCGUGCCCAAUGUGCCCGACGGCGACCUCCUCAUCCACGCCGGUGACCUGACCAACGCUGGCACCGUCGAGGAUAUCCAGCGGCAGAUCGACUGGUUGGACUCGUUGCCUCACCGCCACAAGAUUGUCAUCGCAGGGAACCAUGACAGCUGGUUUGACGUGCGGUCCCGAAGGCCAGAGGACAAGACGGCCCGGAGGCGGGUCGACUUCAAGAGGCUGCACUACCUGCAGAACAGCUCUGUGUCGUUGGAUUUUGCAGACGGGAGAAGGCUCAAUAUCUACGGUGCUGCUGACCUUCCUGUCUGUGGGGGUGAUGAGUUUGCCUUUCAAUACCCACCUCAAAUCAAUCCGUGGGCGGGCCGGAUCCCCAUAGACAGCGACGUUUUGGUCACUCACACGCCCCCGCGGUGGCAUCGAGAUCUGGGCCUGGGCUGUCCUGGCCUUCUCGGGGAGGUGUGGAGGGUGAGACCCAGGCUGCAUGUAUUUGGCCACGUUCAUUGGGGCCGGGGCCAGGAAAGUGUCUAUUUUGACGAGUGUCAGAGGGCCUACGAGACCUUCAUGUCCACGACGCCUCGAGGGCCUCUCUUGGACUUCUUUCCGAAUCGCGACUGGAUCACCGCUGCCAAAGUCAUCUACUAUGGCCUGAACGCGAUCCUCUUCAAAUAUCUCAUGCUAGGUCCUGGAUCCAACAACGCGAGCCUCAUGGUCAACGCGGGUUGUAUGAAAGGCAACACGGGUAGGCUUCAGAAGAAAAAUGCUGCACAGGUUGUGGCGAUAUGAUUCUCAUCAAAGUUUUCAUCCGCCUUGCAUCUUAUGUCUCAUCUCCAGCUUAUUGUUGCGGUAAUGACUCAUCAGAAAGAAAUAGCAGCAUGGAAGAGGAAAACAGGGAAAAAAGAAAUGAAGAAACAAAAAGGGAUAUUUUCUCGAGAAAAAAAAGUAUGCAAUUUAUAAUUCCACACGAACUGAAACCAGAUCAAACGAAGAACGUCCCUGCAGCAGCAACAGCCACCAUCAGCAGCGCCAGAGCGCUCAUACCGUUGGGACUGGCAGCAGCGCCAGCAGUGAAGGGGCUCGCUGUAGCCUGCGGUUUCCUAUACGCGCCCGUGGCGGCCGUCACAUUUACAGUCUGCGUCGGAUCGAACACCUUGGGCACUGUCAAUGUCACUGUCGACUCCCCCUUGUAUCCACAGCGGUCGCAGGUCUGCGUGAGCGUCGCCAGAGGAAUAAUGUUGGCCUCCUUGGCCGUCGGGCAGACAGUAAUCGUGCUGCAGUACGUAAGUGUCUCGAGCUGCGCGGGGUUGGUGCUGCACACGGUGACGUAGGUAACAGUCGACGUGAUUGUCUGCGUGACGGUUGCGUUGCCUUUGGACGAGCCCUUCCUGCCGAGUGCUGGGGCGGGUUUGGGGGCGGUCGAGUUCGCGCCAU